AUUCAUACACACAUUUCGUCAUUUGUACAUUUAAGUGUUGAGCAAAAAAAGGGAAUGAUAUAUCUUCAUUCUUGUGAUGAAAGAUUGAUCCCUUCCCUUGAGAAGUAUACAAGUAAAGACUAAAAGGUUUGAUCGAAAAUGAGUACGAAGCAUCCUUCAAGUAUCAAAGACAAGAUUUGUUUUUUUUUUUGUAAAAAAACAACCAACACGGCUGAAUAUCACAUUAUAUAUAUAAAUCAGUAAGAAAGGAGCACCCAAACGAUAUGAAAGAUAGUAAGAGAUGAUGGAUAAUGGGAACUACAAUGGAGAUCAAGGAGACAUUAAUUUUGUACAACGUAAUUACAAUAUCGACCUUAAUAUAAUUUAAAUAGAACAAUAAAAUCACAAACCUGAAUAUGGCAUCACAACAAACCAGCCAAAACCCUUCCGCAAAUAUAGGAAAUUUACAAGUCACGAACACAGAGACUGUCACAGUUGAUGACAAAAAUAGCGAGUCGAAACACUCAAAAGGAGGAUUGCAUGACAAUAAAACACAUGAAACAAGUGAAGAAACCGAACUGAAAGCUGACAAACUGAAGUUGCAAAAUAGACUUAAGGAUGAGUAUGGACUAGAUCAUAAGUAUUGGUCAGAAGUAUUUGAAAGAGAGCUUGGCUUAACCAAUACCAUACAGCUAAAAUAUCUUAAUGACAGUCAUUUGAAUAAACUUCAAUCAAGUAUACGCAAUGAUUUGGAUAAUGAAGCUUUGAAACAAAUUAUAAAAGACAAUUUAGGAAAAGACAAGAGCGACAAUGCUGCUCCGAAGAGAACUGCAAAAGAAGUAUCAGAUGAGUUUCAACCUGAUAACAGUAAUUUUAAGGACGAAAUCUAUAAUAAAGUCAGUUCCCUGACGUCAGCAUUAGAACCUGGUGAAUCUUGGAAAACUUCCCGACAUGAUCUGGAUUUAGACACGAAACUUAAAAAUUUACAACCUACACACAGUAGUAGAGACGUAAAAACGACGCAAUUAACUGAUAGAGAAGUUUUAAGUCAUUCAUCAAGUAGUUGUGCCUUAAGGGGGAUCCAUUUAAAUCAAUGUAUAGAUUCAAUCACAGAAAUGAAGCGUAUAGUCAUCGAUUUAGUCGGUGAUGUAACAUUCCAGGGACCAUCCAUGAAACAGGAAGUUCAGUUUGUUGAAUUUUCGUCUAGAGAGAAGAGUGAUACAUUUCAGAGGUCUUUACAGACAACUGGCAAAAAUGCAAGGUUAUUUGCUCAUAUUGGGUUUCCAAUUUUUAGCAUGAAAUUACAAGGAUCUUUCACAUCAAUGAAGAACAUCGACGAUACUAACACCACCAGUUCAGAAGAAUUUUAUCAGUCAAAAGAAAAAUAUGCAUUCGUGCCAGUCAAAUCUUAUGAAUUCAAGAUAGAAAAUAUUCAUUUGAUUUCAAAUGCUAUUAAAACCUUACAAAACAUUGAAUCUGGAUUACAGGGUAAUGCGAUCUGUAUGAAAAGUCUGUCUCAAUGCAAAAGUUUCUUUCAAAUCUAUGGCAGUCACAUUAACAUGGGAAUAUUGCACUUUGGUGGAGUUUUUAAAUGGAAAGCUUCUUAUUCUUCUUCGAUUAAAUCGUCAAAUAAUUCCAGAAAGGAAUUAGUAAACGAUACCUUGGAUGGAUUUACCAGCAUGGGGUAUACAGGGCCGGGACCAGCUAUUGGCAUUGGUGUAUCUGGAAAGUAUCUCUCAGGUAACAGCAGUAUUGUAAAAAAUCAUACGGAGGAAGAAUUGUCAAAAGUGCAGCUAAACAUUGAUCCCAUAGGAGGACCACAUGAUGAGACUGAUUAUGGGAAAUGGGUUCAGAGAUUGACUACAGAAAAUGGAACUUGGUCGCUAAUUUCAAGAGGUGAAUUCAUUGGGAUUUGGGAAGUACUAAAGAAUCAUAAAACUGACUUUUAUAAUGUAUUUGAUUUAGCUGAUUUUAUGCAAUGUGCGUGGAAUAUGGAAAUAUUUGAAAGCUGCCUUGACACGUUUGAAUUAACAGACUUUAGCACCAUUUUGCCAACACUUCGUCAAUCAAUAGACAGAUUAAUCGACCUUACUAAAGACGAUGGAUUUUUCAAAAGUUUAGUAGAAUCAAAUAUUAAGGUACAACACUUCUUUGAACAGGUUGCAUUUUCUGAUGAAUUACAGGAUCAAAUGCAAUGCGCUAAGAUGCAACACGAAAUUUCUUUAUUAUUAAGUCAUUUGAAGUAUGUUUUCUUGAAAGACAGACCAAAGUUGAUGUUAUGGAUUGCUAAAGUGAAUGCAAAGUUCCAAGAUCUGCCGAGUGCCUUAUCUACUGAAAGAAUAGAAGAUAUAGAUACGUUUAUGUCUGUGUUGAAGACGAAAUUCCUUCCAGAAAUAGAAGACAUGGCUACGAUGGAAAGGCAUAGGAACCAACAAACAGCUGAACUUUACAUCACUAGUGAAAUGACAACUGUAUGUCACCGAAUAUUAAUAGAAUUCAAAUCAAAAAAUGUUCGUGAAUUUGUCAUUCUUAUGUCUAUUCUCUCACGCUUACGUUUUGAUGAAACAUGUGGAUUUCCACAACUUCUUUCUGAAUCAGAUUUAAAAACAUUCAUUGCGGAAUCAGAACAAAUAAUUCAUGAAUUUAACAACUUACCAAAAAAAUCUAAAGUCCAAGAUCAAGCAUGUCUUAUAGACUUCAUCGUGAAAAAUAUAACAAGGAACAAAUCUAAAUCAUUCGAAAAAAUCUUCAUCAAAUGCGUCCAUGCAUUGGAACCAGUGUUAGAAAACGAUAUUAAAUCGGCCAUUGGCUUAAAUACUGAGAAGUCUCCCUACAACUGGCUUCAGCUUCAAGAUGAUCUAUUACCAUUCAUUAAUGGAACAGAUAAAAACCGUAAAAUGUAUUCACUUCCAAAGUUUAACAUUAAACAGAACGAAAGUGGCCAAAAGGGAUAUAUCCCAAUUACAAAGUCAUCUCGGAAAACUGUUCAAGACAAAGUUAAGAAUUUUCUUACCGAAAUGCGGAUGCCAUCAACAGUUAAUGUGCUUGAUUCUGUGACAAUUGAUGAAAGGACAACAAAUAAAAAGAAACAAAAUCUGUUGUGGUUUUUGUUACAGAAAAUAAUGACACAGCAUUCUUCUAUAUAUAAAAUUCUAAAGGAACAUGUACAAGAAUUCCAAAACGAAAAUAAGUGUAAAGCUGCGGAUGCUUUUGAUAUCUUUGAUGAUUUUGAAGAAGAUGAUAAUGUUUCGACGUUAAAUGAAAAUGACAACUUAUUUGAAAAUUUGAAUGCUUUGGAUUUGAUGGUCGCGCUGUUUUCAUGUUCAUCAGAGACUUUAAAGCAGGCGCUUGCUUCAAAAAUGUAUACAUGCAGAUUAGCUGUACCACUAGUGUUACCCGACGAAUAUUUAACGGCUCCGUCCGUAAGCUUUUUCAACUCUGUUUUCAUAUCUACGUCGGGAAACAAACAAAUUCCAGCAGCUGACUGUCCAUGCAACAUUUUAUCUUUUAUCCGAGUUGGCUGUCCAAAGGUUUCAAAAUCUAAAAUCAUUAAUGAUAUAAUUUCAAACGAAAAUCAUGAUGUAUUUUUAAACUACUGUUCACCAUUUGGGCGUUCCAAAAGAACAAUAGGCGAGGGUCUAAUUGAGGCUACAUUUUUUAAUCCAUAUCUGAAAAGUGAAAGGGGAAGGAAUUGUGAGAAAAGAACAAUGAUACUGAACUUACGAGGUGAUGGUAGUUGUUUUAAAGAGCAGUUAAAUAUAUUAUCUCUCUUAUCUUCCGGUGUAGUGGUUUUUAUUACUAUCGAAUCGCUUGAAAGUGACGAAACACAGAAAUUGCUUCAAACAUUUUAUUCAUCAAGAUCAACUGUUGCUUUGAUGAUAGAUGCCCAAAAGAGAUCAAAAGAAAAUGUUAAACAAAUCACUGACAAAUAUAAAGAUAAAUCAAUUGACCAUAAGAAGACCAAAUUUGGAUUAAUUUCGAUUGAUGGACAAGAAAGAAAACCAGCUGAUAUAAAGAAUGAUAUUGAUUUCAAAUUUCAGGAUUUAUUUAGUAAGGUGCCAACCAAAAGUCUAACAGUUAUAUUAGGAGAAUCAAAAAUAGUUUUGCAAAAUGAUUUUAGUCAACGAGGACAGAGAGUAACGAGGAAAAUAAAAGAAUUGCUUGACAAUUUUACUACUACCUUUAGUAUCAAACGUGAUGUACUUCCAAUGCAAGGGGAUAUUUUGAGUUUGUUAAGUAAGAAUAUAAAAAGGUUAUAUAAACCUUCUGAAUACAAAUCCCCAAAGCACAAAGUAGAAAUAAAGCAAGCAAUUUCAUCUUUGAGAAUGGAACAGGUGAAGAGGUUAUCUAUUCUGCACCCUUUGAUGCAUUUAUUUUUAGAAACUGUUCUCAAUUACCUUCAAUUUGAUGAAGAAGAAUUGAUUAACUUUGCCCUUUGGCUAAAAGUUUAUCUAGAAAAGCUUACACGGGAGAACAUGUCUGUUUGUCAUGCUAUAUAUAUAAAAAGUGUAGAAAAGUUGAAGGCUGCAAAACAGAGUAAUUCAAAUGAAGUUGAAGCUUUUAAGGCGAAUGUAGACAAUGAUGAAUUAGACUUUCUUGCAGGACAAUUGGGAUUUGAGCAUUUUAUUCGGGAAAUGGGACAAGUUUAUGAAGCAACUUCAGACCAAGAAUCACGAGUCUCUGUUGAAACCAAGAAUCUAGUGAAACACUUCCCUUGCAUACCAGCUAAACUUCUCUUAGCAGGAGUACCAUUUGAAGUGAUGAAUGGCGAUCUUAUACAUGUACCAAUUGUAUGGGUUAAAGCAGUUUUGAACGCAGUAGCAGAAUUAAUUUGCGACAAGAAAUGUUUAGUUGUAUCAGUAGUAGGAAUACAGAGUUCAGGAAAGUCGACAUUACUAAACACAAUGUUUGGACUCCAGUUUCCUGUUGGACAUGGAAGAGUUACAAAAGGAGCAUUCAUGCAGCUGAUACCUGUCCAUGACGAGAAACUUGAUUUUGAAUUCAUUAUAGUUAUUGAUACUGAAGGUCUGCGAGCACCAGAACUAGGUCACGAGAACUACCAGCAUGACAACGAAUUUGCAACAUUUAUCAUGGGCAUAGCAGAUAUAAAUAUUGUUAACAUUAACGGUGAAUCACAGGGCGAAAUGAAAGAAGUACUGCAAAUGGUAGUUCAUGCACUUUUGAAAAUGAAAACAGCGAGUGAUAGUUUAAACUUAAAACAGUCAUGUGUUUUUAUACACCAGAAUGUGAAGACUGAAGGAGGCAUCGAUAUUGCUUUGGAAUACAAUAUACAACACAUGAUAAACACUCUAGAUGAAAUGACAGCGGAAGCGGCAGAUCAACUCGAUAUCUCCGAUAUAAAUUAUUUUAAUCAGGUUAUUGAUUUUGAUAAGAAGUAUGUGUGGUAUUUGCCUAAUUUUUCUACUGGUGAAGAGCCAGUUACACGGAUUAGUCCAUAUUACAGCGCACAUAUAACAACGAUUAAGGAGACAAUUAUAUAUGACAUAGCACGAAAGCGCCAAGCGUACUUUUCACUCAAAGACACCGCAUCAAAAAUAGAAGACAUUUGGAAUGGAAUUCUAACGGAGGAUUUUGCUUUUAGCUUUAAAAAUAACCUUGAAGCUAAAGCAUUUACUAAAUUAGAUAAAUAUUACCAAGAAUUGUACUGGGGAUUGGAAUCGAAACUGUACAACUUUGUUCGGGAAAAGAGAUGUUUUCUUCUCAAAUGUAAAAGCGAAUCAGAAUUUGACGGGUUGAUAGCGACUGUGCGAAACAAUUUACCUGAAUUUCUUAUCAAUGAAUUCGAAAAAACAAAAAACGAAUUUGAUGAAUUCAUUGAAAGACAUACAUUGAAGAAUAUAAUGUUGAAAUGGAAACAAGGAUAUUCCUUGAAGCUGCAGACAUCCUUGAAACCGCUUUCUGAUAGGUCAGACAGGGAAGUAGAGUUGAUUAAAAAUGAAAUAAAACAAUUCACCGAAUGUGAAAAGGCAAUAAAAAAAUGCGAGGAUGAAAUAAACAGCUAUGCCACUACACUAGCUGAAGAGUUCAAUGAUAGCAAUGAAACUGCAGUCUCUGAAAAUAUAUUGCAUGCUCGAUUUGAUGAAGGAUGGUUAUCGUGGAUUGCCAAAUGCUCUACGACACCAGUAGAUGCUGCCAAAGAGCCUGAUGAGGUUUUUGAUGAAAUAAAAAGAAUAGUUCGAAAAAAUAUUUAUGGACACGGUAAUUUUUACAAGGAAUUAGACGAUCUCACAAUUAACGAUUGCAUACAAAUGUCAAACUUGUAUGGUCUUGUUGUAUUUAAUGAUAUACAUUUGGACAGUCAUAUAACUAUUUACAAGAGUUUGCUGACAGGAUGCAUGACUUUAGAAAAGCCUGCGGUAUGCAUCAAUCAAACUGUGGAUUUUACUGACAAGUUAUUUUUAAAGAUUGAGACCUAUUUGACAAAGCUACGUUUUCAAGACGUGAAAUUCAAUGAAGUGUUUAUGAGUGACAUAAUGAAAAUGGUUGAGUCAGAAAUUACUCAGCAUAAUGACCAUAAAGACAAUGAUCAUAAAUUCCGAUUAAAAGCACAAUAUAAAGCCAUGGUACUAACAAAAAUUGCAGCUUACUCUACCAAAGAAUUUAUAGACAUUAAUAGACAAUAUGACCAAAAGCAUAAUCCACGAAUAAAACUGGAGGAAUAUAAAGAAACAGCCCUGAAAUUGUUUGUGGAUCUCGUUCAAAAGAAAACUGAAGACGUUAUAGCAGGGAAUUUUUUUCAGAAGGCAAUCAAGUCUAGUGUAUUGGAGCAAAUAGACGAGAUUUUACCUGGUAAAGUGGAGGCCGAAAUUUGGAAAUCAUUUGAAUAUUCAAAAUAUAAUGUAAUUAAAUCGGUGAUGAAAGAUCUGAUCGACAAGAACAGUUUUGAUCAUUUUAGUGUGUACAUUACUUCUCCUGCUGAUUUUGUUGAAAUUUGGCUUCUCAACUACACAAACAAAUGUUUAUUUGAAAGGGACGGGCAAAUUGUCCUGAACUAUAAAUUAUUAAGUAAAUUCAUUGUAGAAAACGCAAUAGAGGACGUGAUAAGUUCUGUAAACAACGCAGCUGAUAAAAUAAAAGGAAAGUUCGGUGAUCGGAUAUCUGCGUGGAUUGAAGAGUUCAUUACAAGCUCAAAAUUAUUGCCGAUUACAAAAGAAAAACUUAAACACGUGGGCAAAAGAAAUGUUACUGAUAUUGAAAACUUUAGAAGAACUGUUCUUAAGGAGAUUUCUUCAACAAAAGUAAGCCUAUUGAAAGAAGUGACUGAUACCACAGAAAAAACUAUUCGAUGGAAAAAAGAGCCAUACACGUCUAUAUUUGAACGACUAUGGGGAUGUUGUGCUACCUGUCCUUUUUGUAGCGAACCCUGUGAACACAAUGACAAUCAUUUAGAUUCAGUAAAGCACAGUUGUAAACAACAUCGUCCACAAGGCGUAGGUGAAUAUGCAUGGGAGAAUGGCAGUGGGGAGCUAGUUACUGAUAUAUGUAACCAUUUAAUUCAUGAAAGUCGAAAGGAUUUCAUAUUAGCUGACUCAAACAAAACCCAUAAAUACAAACAUUACAGAACAAAGUUUCCAGAUUGGGAGAUUACGCCAAUUUAUAAGCCUUCUAAGUACUGGAUGUGGUAUUUCAAAACAUUUAAAACUGAAAUUUCGAAAAAAAGCAACACAAAAGUACCAGAAUUGCCAGAAAGCUGGAAUGAUGUAACAGCUGAAGAUGCGAAAAACAGUUUAUAACAAAAAACUGAAAGAAAACAAAUUUGUGAACAAUGCGUGUUAAACUUAUAAUUCGCAUAUCAGUAUUGUUUCAUAAUGUAUGAAACGAAGAACAAGUAAACAUUGGUUUUGAAUACAUUGUAGGUAAUCAUGUACUUGACGUAAACAGUUAAGAAUGUAUCUUGAUGUUUAGUGAAUACGAGUGAGAUAAGUGAUCCAAAUAGCGUCAUUUUCCAUUAACAACAUUUGACAAUAUACGUACAUUAUAACGUGAAAAAUGGUAAUUUGUAUAUCUAGUAUUACGUAUUUCAGUAUAAAUCAAAAAAGAUUUGAAUUGAUACUAUUUAAGUCGAGCCAGCGACAAUAAUGUCACAAAAGUGAGACAUAGCGAUUGUCGAUCAUGUAGUCGGCAUCGGUUACGUCAAUAUUUAUGCCGAGUCUUUGGUUAUUACUUUGUUCAACAUUCACAGAAUUUGAUGAAGCUACAGCAAAAACUUGUUUAUUUUCUAAAAUAAAUUUAAAAAAAAAUAAUUUCCAGUAUUUUUGGAAAGACAGAAUUGCACCCAAAACAUUUUUUUAAUUCUGUAUUUUAAUGAUAAACGUGCUCAUUUUUUGUAUGUCAACAUUUUACUUCACACUGACUACAGUUAUACUAGACGAGGCACAGGGUUCCGCAGAACAUAUUUCUUCUUUAGAGCUAAGUUAUCAAUUUAGGGAUGUUUGCUUCUUUGUUUCAAAAUAACAGGCUUUUUAAAAGACUGUUAUAAAUUGGUAGUAUAUGAAAAAAACUGAAAAAAAAGGGUCAGUGUCGUUGAUUUUGGUAUAAUUAUAAGCAAUUUAAAAUCUGGCGGAAAAUGAAUCUCCCAAGAUUUUUCAAACAUUGAAAAGUUGGAACUGUUACUUCGAAAAACUAUAAUAUGAUCACCUGUUUUUUAUAAGAUUUUCAAAACCAACUUCAUAAUUUGUAUUUUAUCAAAUGAGGAAGAGAAAAGUAGGGUAAAGCGGGCACAAUAUUUUAUUGGCAAUACAUGGAUAAAACUAAAGUCUUCCAAAUAUCUGACAAAAAAGUCAAAGAGUAGUGAACUCUUACAUGUGAGAUGUGGAUUUGUAAACGUAGUGCUGAUUUUUUAUGGACUUUGAAGUGUAGUGCCUCCCUCAUAAAUGUAUUCAAGUUGACAUACGUAAAUGUAGCAAUUAUAAAAUAUAAUUUUAUAGUUAAUUUGAUAAUAUGAUUGAUAUAAGAUAUUCAUAUAUUUCGAAGUAGAAAACAAUAUUUUGCAAAAUUUGUAGUAUUUCCUGGUAGUUAGAAUAGCCGCAGUUAAAAAAAAAUAUUUUUCUCUGUAGAUUUGGCACUUAUCACUUUCACUUAAAAGAAAAAUGCAUUUUUUAUAAAAAUCAAGUGAAUACAAAAAAAGAUAUUGUUACAGAAACUACACGUGUUAUGCAGUGUCCGUAAACAUGCCAUUGACAUUAUAUUGUUUUGUCCCCCGCACAAUGCGAUGCGAUACUGUAUUUGUAAACAGUUUUAGAGGUUGAAAGAAUGAAUGCUGGUCUUGUAGUCAAUCAAUAUCGAGAUAUACGGUUAACAUUGUUUGGUGUGAAACUGUCACAUUUCAAUCAAAUAUUUAAUACUUACAUAUGUUACAUUUUGAUAUGAAAAUAUUUAUUAAUAUAAGUUUUAACUUAUUUACUUUGAAUGUUAUACUCAUUUACUCAAAACUAAAAAAAAAAUACUAAAAAAAACCAUCUUCCUAUAUCUAUUAUGAGACAAGAACCCGAACGUUUAUAAACUGUGACUAUGCUGCAGUCUAUAGCUUAACUGUAACAUUGCACUGUUUGUUAUAUUUUUGUCUUCUUAAGCAUGUUAAGGAGAAACUUAACACCUUGACUAAAUAAAAUCGACUCGUUUUAUCUUCCAAAAAUUUUGACAAAAUAUUAGCUCUUACCCUUUAACAAAAAUACAAAAUAAAUGUUGUGUGUCGUUUUUAGAAUAACCCCCUUUUAAACUGAUCAAUAAAUUGGGUUCAUUUUGGCAGAAAGUACAAGAUAAAUAAGUGUUUUCUCUGAUAUCUAAUGGUGAUUUCCGUUUUGAAAUUUCCACGGAGUUCAGUAUUUUUUUUUAUUUUACUUUUGCAUGUUUCAGAAAUCAAAAUUGUUCAUCCAUUAUAUCUUGAUACUAUACAGCCUUUUGUAAAGAAUGUGUUUUAACAGCUUUACGUUAAUGUUAUGGAAAUAAACUAAGCUUUUAUUUUAUUUUAAUAAGUAUUACCUUUUAUAAGUUGUUAAUUGGGUUUUUUAGCUCACCUGGUCGAAAGGCCAAGUGACUUUUAAUUGUCACUUAGCUUUCGUCGUCACGGUGCUUUAACAUUUAAAAAUAUUAUCUGUUUACUUGACCAAAUUUAACUAAACUUGGACAUAUAAUCCUUUUAUAGUUGGUGUGUUUCUCUCGGUUUUAGUUUGUAACCCGAAUUUGUUUUCUCUCAAUCGACUUGACUUUUGAACAGCAAUUUACUUCUGUUGCCUUUUCUUCAUUAUAAAGGUAUAGAUUAUUUUUUAAAUUUGUCCGACGAGCCUGCCUGCCAAUGAAGCUAGCUGGCAUGACUUAAACGAAAUCAUAGCGGUUAAAUACAAGUUUUGCCCAUUAUUUCGAAAACCGCUAUGAAGAAAAACUUCAUUUAAACUGUUAACAUGUUUGAUGCGACCGCAAAAAAAUAAAAAAAGGGUCUUAUAUUGGUAUUAUGUUGUCGUCCUCCGAUGACGGAUGGUUUCCGAAAAACAGUCAUUCCCAAAAAAUGGGUACAAUUCGAAUGUAGACAUGUUAAAAAAUAAAUUUCAACUGAGCAGAGAGAGCGUGCUGUUUUCUUCUGUGUCUAUAUCUAGUCUGUCAUUUUUUUAAUUUUUACUUACACCAUUUUAGUUGUUUUCAAGUUUUAGCAUUUUUUGUAAGACAAGGUAAGUAUGAACGUAUCGGAGGUUAGUGUUGUAUAAAGUCAUCUUAAAAUUGCAUUAGAGAAAAACACAAGAUUUAAAUCGAGGCUCAUGUGAAAUGGGUUACAUUUACCACCAUAUCAGACUGAUUUAUACGUAUGAUUCUGUAUAUAUUGAAAGCAAAUACCAAUUUUAAGGUCUGAAUUAAUAUAGCGUUUAAAAAAUAAAUCAAAUUAGUAGUUUUCACAACUUAUUUAGUAAUGAAUUUAAACUAAUGAAAUGUUAUGCUGUAUAAUAUUUUAGUUUCAUAAUACAGCUUUCCAUGAAAAACCCUAUUAUAUAUGUUUUGAAUAUCUUUUGUAUGUAUUUUUAUGCUUGUAUUAAUCCACACCCCCAUCUUUGUUACGGAGGUUAAUAUCAAACCAGUAACUAAAUGCUGAUACUUAGUAACACGUAACUCUUUAAUGCUAGCUUUUCUAAACAAUUUAUUGACAUUACAAACUAAAAAACAGUUUUCUAUCAAGUUAUCUGUUUCUUUUAGUCAAAUGAACUUGUUCUUGUCAAAAUCUCCAUAACGAUUCAUGAACUUUCACUCAAAAAUAUGUUUUUAACCUAAACCGAAUACUGUUCGACUUAAUUUUAUUAGCUCUAUACAGAUAAUGUCAUCUUCCUUCACACUAUACUGUAUAUAUUAUACUCAACUAUGAAGUUUUGGGGUCAAAAUAGUUUCAUUUUGAAAAUUUCUAUCCUCCGUAACGACACUUAAAACCUCCAUAACGGACAAUUCCAGUUCUUACCAACAGCAAACAUAUAAAUGAAUGUUAAUAUUGGAAUUAAAUGACAAACAAGACAACAGAAUUAAACAUUUUUCUUAGUAAAUCCUUAUCAAAAAAGAGUAAAGUCCUGUUAGAGAAAAAAACUGUUUUUCCUUAAAUUUCUAUCCUCCGUAACGUAAAUCAAUGAUGUCGUCUAUGAUUGACAUCACCUUUUGAUAUUUAUUAGUGAUAAUUGAUGGACUGAUUUGGUAUCUAUAACAAUGUACAAGAAUUUCAAUUGGUAUGAUCGUGUUUACAUGCAUGUUUAGAUUUUUUUUAUUUGCAUAACCUCCGUUACAUUGAUGAGUCCUAAAUGAUCUUGAAAAUGUUUGCCAUUAACCGCUGUUUAAGUUAUGAUUGUCGUCGUAAUUACACAAGUUGUGUUGUAGACUAUUUUACAUCUAAGAAAAUGGCUGAUAUAACGUUUAUUAAACGUUAUAAUGUUGCUCCCAUAAAAGGGAAAAACAAGUUAACCUACCUUUCUCAAAACAACAUUUUUUAUGCGACAAUCGAAAAAAAGAGAAAAAGAAGAUUUUUUUUUAUUUUUCGUUUCAUUGCAAAAGAAGUUAAAGGCAGAAUUUUAAAAUUUGAGGUAUCAACUUUGCUUAAAGUCACUUUGGGCAUGAUUUCCAAUCAUAUAAAUAUGUUUUGACUGUACUUAAAGAUACGUUACGGUAGGUUAUACGUUUUAUGAUUAUGAUUGGGUUUGGGGGUUAGGUCCCAAAGGUUUAGGAAUAAGAGGCCCAAAACCAGCAUUUAUUUAGUUUCAGGACAAUAAUUUGUGUAUAAGUAUUUGAAUUGCUCUGAAAUUGUACUACAAUAUUAAAUACCAACAGUCUAGAAUUUAAGGGCCAAAAAGGGGCAAAAAAACAAGCAUUUUUCUAGGUUCUGGACAAUAACUUGUGUGUAACUGUAUGGAUCUCUCUUACAUUGUAUCACAAGGUUCCAAAUAACAAAGGGAAGGCUGGGAUUGAGUUUGGGGUUUAUUUCCCUGGACACGUAGGAAUAAAGAGCAAAAAAAAGGGCCAAGAAGAAGCAUUUUUCUAGUUUAAAGACAAUAACUUGUGUUUAAGUGUAUGGGUCUCUCUGAAAUUAUACAAUAAGGUUCAUUACUAAAACGGAAAGACUGGAAAUGAGUUUUAGGGUUCUUGCUCCAAGGGGUUUUCCAACAAGUUGGGGACCAAAAAAGGGGCCAUAAUAAAAGUUUGUGUAGUCUCCAAUCAAUAACUUGUGUUUUAAAUGUAUAAAUCUAUCUGAAAUUAUUAUUUAUUAUGAGAGGGCUAAAGUUCAUUUCAUUUCGCAAUAAGGAACAAAAAAGGGGAAAACAAGGGGUUUUCUGGUUAAAGGACAAUUUAGACAAUUUUAAAGCAGUGUAAGCAAGUUAAUUCAAUUCAGGUUUAAGGAAUACUUUUACAUAUAUAUGUUUUAUUACCUCUCUUACACUGAUUCAAAAUUAUGUAUUAAGAAAUGAUGAUUGUCUUAUAAUGUAUAGCUGUAAAUUUAUUUUUAGAAGUUACUAUAUUAAUUAAUAUCAAUUUUAACCGACAUGAUGUAUUUAAAUGAGCUGUUUUUGUUGCCAACUGCAUUAGAAAUUUGAAAUCAGAUUAUUUUUGGAAUCAGGGAAAGGGAGAGGUGAAAAAAAUGGAAAAGAGGGGGGGGUAAAUAAGAAUGUGUGGGGGGUUAAAAAAUUCUCAUUUCACACUUUAGUGUAUUGCUCAAAAGCAAAAAAAAUAAAAUUAUUAUACCACAUUUAUUCUGUGUCAGAAACUUUUGCUGUGUCAACUAUUUGAUCACAAUCCAAAUUCAGAGCUGAAUCAAGCUUGAAUGUUGUGUCCAUACUUGCCCCAACUGUUCAGGGUUCGAUUUCUGCGAUCGUAUAAAGCUGAUCCCUGCGGGGCAUCUGGUUAACUCUGUGUAUUGCUGUGUUCAUCAGAGCUCUAAUGACCUUAACGACGAAGUAGAAGGAGACUAUAGGUUUGCACUCCGUCCGUCCGUCUGUCACUCCGACACAUCAGUUUUCCAGACUUUUUUUUCAUGAUUGAAGGGAUUGACUUUAUAUUUAGUAUAUUGUUUUCAGUGAACUCCACCGAGACCAUCAUUCAAAUGUAUAACGAUUUGAAUACCUCUACCUCUCCAAUUUUGAACGAUCUGUCUCAUUACUUUGGUAAAUAUAUACCAACUAGAGAAUAGUCCUAAUGGCAAAACAUUUUAAUCGUAGUAAAUUUGUCUAUUUGAAUAUUACAAAAGAUG